AUGAUACGACAACCUCCCUCCAGUAUUACAAUCACUGCCAAAGAUGUCGACACACUUGACGAUGUAAAGAAGCAUUUGGAAGAACGCAUGAAUGCACAGGCGAAUGCACAAGCAAAAGCAUCCAAAGAAAGCGAGCGCGAGUUUUUCCUUCAACGGUUACCAUCGGAUCAACCCAUCUCAUUGAACAAAAAGGGCGGCAGCAGCAGCAGCAGUAACAGCCAUGCACAAUCCACAACAACAACGACGAGAUCAAGCGACUUUAUAUCCAAGCGACGUCGUUUAGCGAGUGAAGCAGAGUCGGCGAGUCAACGGCGAAUAGCAAGGUUAGAGCGUACAACGGGUGGCCACGCGACUGCAGGUUCCUCGGCAACAGCACCACCACCACCACCAAGGCGUUCACGAUAA